AUGAAAUUGACGGUUGGCAGGAUUCCUGAAUCAGUCUACUUAGUGUUUGCUAAUCCACUCAACAACCAAUACUUUAAAGAAUUCGACGGGAAAAAUUUUCUGGAAAGCAAACCAAGAAAACUUUUGAGGAAGGAUGGACCGAGGCGGAUUGCCGAGGUAGAGAAAAUUGUAUCCUGGAACUUCCUUUGGUUGUCUAGAUCUCUCCCAAUAAAACUAAUUGUCGAAGACAACCAAAAAGAUCUUACGGGAAAUUACAAGAAAAAGAAAGUGAAGUUCAUGAAAGUAUUCGAGGGUAGCUGGAAAGUGGAGCCAUUAUUCAUAGAUUCGGAACGCUUGUGCAAACAAAUCAAGCCAAAGGGUCGAGAAGAGUACAAAAAAUGUAGUGGUGGACGAGGAAGGAUUGCAUCGAAGGUGACGAUCGACCAAUACUUUGAGCCUUCUUCUCCUCUUAAUCUGCCACCAUUUUCUUGGUUCAUCCGUGGGAUCACCAUCAAAACCACCAAGAAUCUUAUCAAUAUGCUUGAAUAGGUCUUCAAGACUUUAACUUAAAAAAAAUUUACUUUAAUGACCAGAACAAAAUAUGAAUUCAGUUAUUUACUUGUUAUACGCUUAACUCCGGUAUCCAUUAAUUUUUACGUAAUGAAUAGCUCAA